AGUUGCCGAAGAACUGUUAGCCGUUGAAGACGUAAAAGAAAUUCUCUUGAAAACCGCACGUUCAUCGCGAGAAAGUUGCAUGAUUUUAUUCGACUCUGUGGCGGGAUUACUGUGUCAUAUUGUUAAGAGAAUACAAAUUGUGUUUAUUUUCUUUUCUUUUUAACCUUUUCCCGUGUAUAAUGUACACAAAGUUGAGCUUUUUCUGAAGAGAACCAUCAAGUGCCUCAGUGGUUUUUACCCCAUAUGUGAAUAAGUAUCUCACAUCAAAUUCACAUCGUUCUCAAGUGAGGAAUUUGGAGGAAAAAGUGCAAGACUUGGCAACAACUUUACGAUCAUUUUGGAAUAUUUUGCAUCACACCAUUUAUAGCUGGGAUUGGUGGUUGAUAUGUCUGCUCCUUCAGACUAACGAAAUUGCUCGAAAGUUAUCCAGAUACUCAUCAUAAGAGCUUGUAAUCCGAAUCCCAUUAUUGAACACCUUCGAUAAACGGCUGACGUAGAGCAAUGAGUGCGAUCGUUGGAGCCGCCAAUGCAAUAGGUGGAGCCGCCGUUUCGGCUGCCAGCAGUGUUGGAUGGUUUGUGCCAGUACUUGUGGCGGCUAUUGCCUACUUUCAGUAUGAAGAUCUUAUGGAUCCCGAGUCGAGACCCAUUGAUAUCGACACAUCCAAUAUGCUAGACGAGUAUGAUUUUAUAGUGAUAGGGGCAGGAUCGGCGGGAGCCGUUGUGGCUAAUAGAUUGACUGAGGUGGAGAAUUGGAAUGUACUACUUCUAGAGGCGGGAGGAGACGAGACUGAAAUCUCAGAUGUACCUCUUAUGGCAGGAUACUUACAGCUUAGUAAAUUAGAUUGGAAAUACAAAACAGAACCUCAAGGCACUUCGUGUCUAGCAAUGCAAGGCGGAAGAUGUAAUUGGCCUCGAGGAAAAGUCAUUGGAGGUUCGAGUGUCUUAAAUUACAUGCUAUAUCUACGUGGUAACAAAAAAGACUACGACGCAUGGGAAACCUUAGGAAAUCCUGGCUGGGGUUAUAAGGAUGCCCUGUACUACUUUAAGAAAUCAGAGGACAAUACCAAUCCUUAUUUGACCAACACUCCCUAUCAUUCGACUGGAGGGUACCUAACGGUCGGAGAAGCACCCUACCAUACACCUUUAGCUGCAGCUUUUGUUGAAGCUGGAGUUGAGAUGGGUUACGACAAUCGUGACAUCAACGGAGAAAAGCAAACAGGAUUUAUGAUUGCCCAAGGGACAACGAGAAGAGGAAGUCGAUGCAGCACAGGCAAAGCCUUUCUAAGACCUGCUAGACUUAGGCCAAAUCUACAUGUUGCUAUGCAUUCUCACGUAACACGGGUAAUGAUUGAUCCUGUCAGCAAAAUUGCGUUUGGAGUAGAAUUCAUUAGAAAUAGAAAAGUUCACUAUGUAAGGGCACUGAAAGAGGUUAUCCUGUCAGCAGGAUCUAUAAACUCUCCACAAGUCUUAAUGCUAUCUGGAAUUGGACCAAAAGCUGAACUUCAGAAGCAUCGAAUUCCGGUGAUCCAGGACCUUCAAGUGGGAGAAAAUUUACAGGAUCAUAUUGGAUUGGGUGGACUGACAUUCAUGGUCAAUCAACCUGUAGCAAUUGUGGAGAAUCGUCUGCAUUCCAUGUCAACAGUUUUGCAAUAUGCCGUAUUUGGGCAAGGACCUCUUACGAUUCUGGGAGGAGUUGAAGGGUUAGCUUUUGUUAACACAAAAUAUGCCAAUGCUACAGAUGAUUAUCCAGACAUAGAGUUUCACUUUGUGUCCGGAUCGACAAACUCUGACGGAGGAGUUCAGCUUAGAAAGGCUCAUGGUUUAACUGAAGCAUUCUACGAUUAUGUUUUUGGACCAAUAAACAAUAAGGAUUCUUGGAGUAUAAUUCCUAUGUUAUUGAGACCGAAAAGUAUCGGGUCAAUCAAACUUAGAAGCAAUAACCCUUUUGACUACCCUUAUAUUUAUCCUAAUUAUUUCAAGGAUGAUUUUGACAUGAAAACCCUGGUUGAGGGAGUGAAGAUUGCAGUAGCACUUUCAAGAACUCAGUCUAUGCAGAGAUUUGGUUCGCAACUUACAGCUUACAAUUUUCCCGGAUGCCUUCAUAUCAAAAUGUUCACGGACGCUUACUGGGAAUGUAUGAUCCGACAUUAUUCAGUCACAAUCUACCAUCCAGUUGGGACUUGCAAGAUGGGACCUUACUGGGAUAGGGCUGCUGUUGUUGAUCCACAAUUGAGGGUGUAUGGCAUCCGUGGCCUCAGAGUUAUUGAUGCAAGCAUCAUGCCAAAGCUCGUGAGUGCCAAUACAAAUGCCCCCACCAUUAUGAUUGCAGAAAAAGGUGCUGACAUGGUAAAGGACUUCUGGAUAAAGCGUAGUCAAAUGUUUUAGCAAAAGUUCAAACUACGCCUUUAAAAGUGUAAUCAUCACUUCUGAUAGUUGCUGUGAAUUGUGAUAAUAAGCUACAAAAGAAAUGCGCCAUUUUUGUGUAACUAAUGUGGCUCAGAACCUUAUUUUUCUUAAACAAGAAACCUUCUAAAAUCCUUAGUAAUUUAACUUACAGAGGGAUUUUAAUUUCAACAAAAGUCUGACUGAGAGAACACUACUUAGGUUAAUAUGGUAAUUUUUGUUACUUAUUAAGGACAAACAAGAGAUUGCCCAUGAGAUACACCAAUCUAUUAAUUAGUAAAUGAAUUUUAAGAAAUAAAAUAAACUUUGUAAAAAAAA